AUGGCAUCACAUCUUGUCAGUACCCUUCUCUUCGCCCUUACAGUGUCUGCAUGGUUUCGGAGAUCGUGUAGGUUCAUGAAAAAUAAUCAGCCAAUUUAUUUUUAUUUUAAGUUAAUGUUUUAUUUAGGGCACGUUUUCCACGGCGUUUUUUUUCAUAAAGACUGUAAAAUUCCCUGAAUACAAACGGCCUAGAUUCAAAACGAAGGCCAUUCCACUAUUAUUGCAAAUCAGAAGAUACAAUAUGAGAUUACGGUUUUCCGGACGAAUAUAUGUGCCUAAAUGUUCCUCUGGAAAAUAACCAACUUGCUGCGCUUCUUUUGAAACAAAUAAUAGCGUCUGUAGGGCAUUUAGUCGGUUUGCACCUUUUAGUUAUAUGCUAAUUUAAUAACAUCUAUAAAAAUGGAUAAAUGCCACUAAAAUAUAUACGCUUUCUAGAGGUCUUGACAAACUGAUUUAUAAAAAUACAGCAGAAUGUUACAUAGAUGCAUUGUUCAAAAAGGGCGACAUUCAUUUGUUUCAUUUCCGUGCUAGGUUUAGCGGACAACACCGCAUAAUACCGCCAAAGAUAUUGGCUAGCAGCAAACCGACUGCAUGUCUUCGAUAUGCUGCUAUUUUUGCGCAACAAUCUGCAAAAUUCGAAAAGUUUUCGACGCGGUAUUUAGGCUAGACAUGUGACAACCAGCUUUUUAUGAGAGCACUUUAAGACGUACGGAGAUUUUGCAUACUUAACUCUCCUUAGUUUCUUUUAGAAAAUUCUUAAUCAUUUGAAACUCAUUUAAAUAAAUGGCCGUCAGAGCACGUUGUCUAAGUUAAAUAUUUUUAGUAAAAUUUAAGAAUUUUAUAAUUGGUGAAAGUAAAGUUGCAUUAAUAUCCCUUUUAUUUAUAUUAAAUUAUAGUUUGCAGCAACUCGGCCACACCGAUCGAACACAUAAGUGCACUUUCAUGGACUUUUUUGAGCACACAACUCGACUACUUGUCUUCGCGAUAGAACGGGGAAACAAUCGCAUAAAUUGACUUAGAUGGUGAACAGAGUUGUCAGAGUCCUUCUCGGCAGGCCACGUAUUUGUAUGAGCCUCUCGCCUAAGAGUCAGAUUAUCCCAUCGAGGCUAAGGGCCUAUUACGUCUGGAGGAACAUAACUGAACCCUACGUCGGGCUGGGCAAGCCGCCUGGUGGCGCGAUAAACAGGAGUUAAAACGCCCCAAAGGAUCGUGCCAGUCAACCGUCUCUUUCUUCAUGCCAUCGAUGAGGCAGACGUCGAAAGUGAAUCGUGCAGUGUAGUUCUGUUUAAUAUUUUUCCUCAAACUUUACUGGUCAGUGCGGAAACGGUGGUCGAAAGUCAAUAGCUCGUGGUCUGUUAAAAUAGUACAGCUGGGAGCUAAGAUAAACUGAUGGAAAUGCUUUAGCUCAUGCAGAUGACGAGUAGUUAGCAACGUAAGAUGUCCCAUAAUGUUUCGGUCGACGGACGUUUUUUUGAGGAAAAAGCCAUACUGCGAAGGCGUCUUUUACUGACAACAGAGGCGCCUAAGGAGCAGGAUGCUUUGGCACGGUAUGCGUCACCAGUUAGGUCGAGGAAACACUUAAGAGAGAAAUGCAUGCUUGUGUCCGGAAGCAUGAAGUCAACAUACAGCAGGUGGGCUAACUCAUGAAAUUUCAGCCGAAAUUCCGAAAUGCGUCUUCGUUUUGAAAAGAUUAAUUAAGUAGGGUUGUAAAACUAAGCAUUAUGCAGCAUAAUUCUAUGAUAAUUCAGUUACCCCAGGACGGUGGCUUUCGAACAAGCGUUUUUCUGGCUGCAUCCAAAAACCACACUCUGUAAAAAAAUACUUAUGUAACAUGCGUUUUGUUCACUGAUUUCCGGCUGCAUGCAAAAAUUGCACUCUGUAAAAAAUGACUACUUAUGUAGCAGGCAUUUCUUGGAAAAUAUGUAUAAAAAUAUCCAUCCUUCUGCUCAUUCGGUAAAAAAUUACGUCGUCUUCCAACUUUAUACUCAAUGGAAGGACAUGAUUCGGUUUUAAAAAGUUUCUAAUUUCGGGACUCUUAUAUACCGUGAAAUGGCCGUUCAUACAUCGUCAUGUCUCUGCAUAGACCAGUGUGGCUUGUAAAGUUAACAAUAUGGAUAAAAUCCACUGCUUAAUUUCAUGAAGGCCAUAUGGCCCCCCUUUAUAACCGUAGAGAAAUAUGUGGUUUUCCGUACGUGGAAAAUAUGCGGCUUGUAGUUUUGAAACCCUGAACCCAAGUGUGACGGUAGGGCGGGUUAAAAUUAUUCGGUAAUUAUAAAGCUUUUUUAAAACCGAAUUAUGUCCCUCCUUCGAGUAUAAGUUUGGAAGAAGACGAAAUUUUCUGCCGAAUGAACGAAUGAAUGAAUAUUUUUAUGUAUGUUUUCCAUCGAAUAUAAUUGGACUUUUAUGGGCAGCGAAAAUCGAUGGGAAAAAUUCAUGCUACGUAUGCAGAUAUUUUUUACAGUGUAGUUUUUGCAUGCAGCCGGAAGGAAGUUCAUUCAAAAGCCGGCAUCCUGAGGUAACUGAAAUAUUAUAAAAUUAUGUUGCAGGCUGACUAGUUUUACAACCAUAAUUAAUUAAUCUUUUCGAAACGAAAACGCAUUUCGGAAUUUUGGUUGACAUUUCAUGAGUUAGCUCACCUACUGUAUUUCUGCGGUAACCGCCGAUAAAUGUUAACCAUGCCUAGGAACCGCUGUGAAUGAUGCUUGGAUGUUAGCGGGAAAGAAUAAUAAAGGGCUGUAACCUUGGCAGGUAGAGGUAAACUAACCUCGAAGGCGAUAUCAUGUCCACUGAAUUCGAGGGAAUGCACACCAAAUCUGCACAGGAAUGCACCGGUCCUGACACCCUACUUGCCCAGAAUAUCGAUUAGCUAGACGAGAAACUUCCUGAGUUUUUCAGCAUUACAAAUAGUCGCUUAGGUAUCAAAUAUAGGCGCACACUAAGGGUAGACUGCUUAAGGCAUGGCUGAUAAACCCCUGGAACGUCUGACCGAAAUGCAUGGGAAUGAAAUCAGAUAGAUUAGAUUAAGUAUUAACAGCGAUGCUUUAAGUGGCCUCUGAGCGAAAGGUAUCUGGCGCAACACACGCGCUAGGUCGAUCUUCGAGAAAACCGAUUUACCAUGCACAGCUCAGUGGACGUCAUGAAAAUUAGACACAGGGUACCCAUCAUGAAUGACAGCGCUGUUAAAUGCACCGCUGCCGGUAAGCGUAAGUCGUCGCCGUACACAUGAGAGGUAAGCUGCAUGAAUUUGCAAAAUGAGUGAGCCCACGAGCAGAUAUGCAUUCAAGUAAUUGAGUUCACUGUCGGUUCACAAGAAGAUUGACCUUGUCAAAAAAUUAACACUGACGAUUGCGUUGGAGGCAUCAGCAAUAAGUAAGAUCAAAGUGAACGAGCGACGAAGGCCUUUACUUAGUGUAGGGAAAAAACUGCCAGGUAUGGCAGUGCGUGGGCGUUGACAGCCUGGAAACGUAGACAAACGUUCUGACAUCGGCGGUCCACCGGAGGUUGGGAGACCACCCCGCUGCUCUGAUCUUCAGUGCCCAGGGGGAAGCGUCCGUGAGCCAGACUGUAACAAAUUUAAAAAGUGUAACCAGGGUCAGAGGGUCCAGCCAGACCGAUUCAAUUGAAAUUUGGACUGACUCUUCCCCUCCGUUGUUUGUACUAAGAGGCGUGAAACAUUCAGCGAUGAACGUUGAUACCAGAAUUGAAAAAAUGCUAGCGAGCGGCAGUUGUACUGGAGCCAAAUUAAGAUUGGAAGUAGGUCUGUCGUGGCAAGUUUUUAAAUCAUCAAAAUCCACUCAUCGAUGCAACGGCAGCGACACUCUCCUACUUGGCAUAAUUACAAGAAAUUGUACAGGAAUUGGUGAAAAGCCAACGUCUUCCUUCAAAAAGAAUGCCAUAGAACAACGAUCCAUGCCUUUUACCACGAACUAACUCAUGUCGAACGUGCAGGAAAAAACAGAGCUAAAAAAUCCGUUCAAUGGUCCUUGCUUGAGAAUCGAAAAUAAAACAGUUAGACAGCGAAAAUGGGUAUACGUUAAUUGUCAGAACAUAUUGUCGGGCACGUUGAGAAGAAACGGUAUUGUGCGAAACGGUAAUAAUCAAGACGUUAACCUAUUUUGUGAACAUAACGAUUAUCAAAUCAACUUACACUGGUUGUUUACUUACCUUUGCACACCUUAUUUAGCCGAUCUAAAUCCGAGGGAUCUCACUGUCGAGGUUCUGGGUCCUACGUCCGUGAAACUCUCAUGGAAGCCGCCCAAAGGACCAACAAAUGGCACACCGGUUUACAACAUAAGACUAGGUAAAGAAUUCAGAGCCAUAACCAAUGCCACAACCAUUACCAUUUCUGAUCUUCGUCCCUCCACCAAAUACAAAUUCAGCGUGCAAACAAUAAUCGAAGAAUUUAACUUGGUUAUGCCUGGAAUUGACGCAAUCGCAAGAACAGCCAACCUCGGUAAGUCUUGA